UGGUUUGGUGAGUUUCUGAAACACACACAAAUACACACACAGAAAGAAACAGGUUGCUCGGACCAGCCCGGUGAGAAAGACGUAAGACCAAACAUUUCCAGGUACUAACUGCUGUAGUGAAGGAUUGAAGAAGCAGUAGAAGAACAACCACCAGUGACGGAGAAGUGAAACAGUUUGGAGACAGAAACCAAAAGAAAAAAAGGAGAAACUUGAAGAGCUUUUGUAUCACUCUGGACUGUCAAACUCUCGAUAAAGAGUUGAUAAAGACACGAUAAAGAGUUGAAACACAGAGAAACAGGGAUGAAUGUGACUGAUCAACUGUGCCUAUAGAUUCUCCUUGACAGCUUCUAAACACUGCAGACUCCAAUCCUGAUUGGCUGCUUAUUUCAGAAUGACAGCAGAAGACUCCGCCUCUGCCGUUGCUAUGAGUAACCCUAUCCCUUCCUCAUCUUCAAGUGCCCCCUCUGGGCAUCCGCAGAAUUACGGCGCCGUCCUAGAGGGCGUAGCUGGGGCCCCCAAUGAAGCUGCACUUUUGACCUUGAUGGAGCGGACCGGCUACGGAAUGGUGCAAGAAAACGGACAACGUAAAUAUGGCCCGCCCCCUGGCUGGCAAGGCACCUCUCCUCCACGUGGCUGCGAAAUCUUUGUGGGUAAAAUCCCACGUGACGUUUACGAAGACGAGCUGGUGCCAGUAUUCGAGUCCGUCGGACGGAUCUACGAGAUGCGUCUGAUGAUGGACUUCGAUGGAAAGAACCGUGGUUACGCGUUCGUCAUGUACACGCAGAAGCACGAGGCAAAGCAAGCUGUUCGGGAACUCAAUAACUACGAAAUUCGUCCGGGAAGGUUGCUCGGUGUUUGCUGUAGUGUAGAUAACUGCCGACUCUUCAUUGGAGGAAUCCCAAAAACCAAGAAACGUGAGGAGAUCCUGGAGGAGGUUUCCAAGGUGACGGAGGGAGUGUUGGACGUAAUCGUGUAUGCCAGUGCAGCGGACAAGAUGAAGAAUCGCGGCUUUGCCUUUGUAGAGUACGAGUCGCACCGUGCUGCUGCUAUGGCCAGAAGAAAACUCAUGCCAGGACGAAUUCAGCUCUGGGGACACCAGAUCGCAGUUGACUGGGCAGAACCCGAGAUCGAUGUCGAUGAGGACGUCAUGGAAACGGUAAAGAUUUUAUACGUGCGGAACCUGAUGAUAGAGACCAGCGAGGAAACUCUACGCCACACCUUCGGCCAGUACAACCCAGGCUGCGUGGAACGGGUGAAAAAAAUCCGAGAUUAUGCCUUCGUUCACUUUGCCAGUCGGGACGAUGCCGUGGUUGCCAUGGACAACCUGAACGGGACGGAAAUCGAGGGCUCCCGUAUCGAAGUGACCCUGGCCAAGCCCGUAGAUAAGGAGCAGUACACCCGCUAUCAGAAGGCAUCGAAAGGGACGGUAGCUGCACCGACCCCGGAGACUCCACAACAAAGUUAUGUUUAUCAGUGUGACCCAUACACGCUAGCCUAUUACGGCUACCCGUACAGCACGCUCAUUGGACCAAACCGAGAAUACUUCAUUAAAGCAGGUACUGUAAGAGGACGUGGUCGUGCUGGAGCUGGUAACAGGGGCCCAGGGCCCCGCGGCUCCUACCUUGGUGGCUAUUCGGCUGGCCGAGGUAUAUACAGUCGCUACCAUGAAGGAAAAGGCAAACUGCCGGACAAACCAUACGAGAUCAUGCCCAAUCUAGAGCUGGCAGCUGUGAACCCAGUGGGCAUCAAGCCUGGCACAAUGGGUCUUCCAGCUCUCGGUGCGCAGUACCCUGCUGUGUUUUCUGCUGCUCCAGCGACUAAAUUAAUGGAGGACGGGAAGAUGCAUCCAGUGGAGCACCUUAUAAACCCUCUGGCCCUUCAACAUGACCCCACCGCUGCUGCUGUCAUACCUGCUGUCUCCACGCCACCUCCCUUCCAGGGUCGUCCUAUGACUCCCAUCUAUGCCAUGGCUCAUAACGUCCAGAGGAUCCCAGCCUCCGCCGCCAGUCUGUACGGGGCCGGAUACAUGCCCAUAGCUGCCCACGCCAACACCGCCACCCUUGCAGCGCUGCAGAAGAACGCCGCCAUGGCGGCCGCGACCUACGGAGGAUACGCCGGGUACAUGCCUCAGGCCUUUCCCGCCGCCGCAGCCUUCCAGAUGCCAAUUCACGAUGUAUACCAGACCUACUGAGACACCCGCAACAAUCAAAAUGAUCUGCAACUACACACACCACAUCAGCACAGACCAUUAAACGUUCACGCUACAUCGACGAGCCCCGCCGGCUAAUCGAAACCGACGUACCCACAACAAAACUAAUUGAUUCGGACUCGCGCGUAGCUCCCCAGCAGCCUUCGGGUACCUCGGAGAGAGUGCCUAAUUUGUCCGCUAAAUUUGCUCAAAGCCACUGACCCAUACUCGCAGACACUGUGACAUUCAUCGAACUCUGGCCUACAUUUAGUAAUCCAGACGAAUGACCCUGGAAUUCUAAUCUACUGAUUUAAACUAAACCUACUAAUGCUGUAUGCUGUAUACUAAAGCUACUGAUCAGCUUAUCAAGGUGCCUUGUGCUGAAUCCAUUUUCAUCUCAGACCGAGGGACUUUUUUCCCUUUGUGUUAUAUGCGUGGACUCGGAUCCCUGCAAUGUGACCAGAGCUCCAUCCACUUUUCUCUGUAGACCAAUGAGAAACAGCCAUCAUCUCUCAGUCCUUAAGGAGCAGAUAACCAGACUAACUCCUAAUUCAUAAGCCAUGACCCAACAACUCGCACAUUCCUUAUUCAUAUCGUGAAAUGCGUGUUUUUAAUUCAACAGAAUUUCUUAGUCGAUCAUCACUGUGUACAUCAUAAAGUGGACUGUCAGUGAUAUGUCAUGAAGAAAUCACACCUGCUGACGUAUCAUUGUCUUCCCACACACUCCAGCAAAUGGUGGUCAGACGGAUCAUUCCUGCCCCUUUAAGACCACCAUACGGUAAAAACUCCUUUCGCCUUUACGGCCAGAAGAAAGAAGAAUACUGAAGGAACGUUUAUGGACUUGAAAUGUGUAUUUAAUGCCACUCAUUUGUUGCAUUUAUUUUGUGAAGAAAAACAAAACAGAUGACUGUAAAAAAAAAGAACAAAAAAAAAAUUGUACUGCUGAGCAGCAUUUUCAAAAACCGCAGAAGUUAGUAGAUAUUUUAGUAGUGUUUCAUGAAAAUGUUUAUGUAUUUUGAGUUUAUAACAUGUUUUGCGUUUUGAAGAUGUUGGGAUCUUCCGUCCGUCGGGUCUAUAUACCUGCAUUCAUUAUUUUCUCCUUUAUUGUUUUAUUCGCUCAUGCUUUUUAUAUUUAGAUUAUUUUAAAACUUAGUUUUUAUUGUUGUGACGACUUGACUUUUGUAACGUGGAACAGAACAUGCAAACCGACAAUGACCUAUUCAUGUGCCUUGUCAUCCGAAACUCUCUUAAGUUUUAUAUCAUUCAGUUCAAGAACAAUGAAACAGGAAAAAGAGAGAUAUUAUUGUUUAGUCAUUUGAACCUACGGUGAAGAACAUUUAUUGUGUGAUACUUUAAAUAAGACCAACCGAGAAAAACUGUUGGUUAUUUAUAAAAACAGAUCUGUGGAUACAGCAGACCUUAGUUUUUUUGUGGGGUCAAGUCACCCUAAAAUUAUAUGUGAAACCCAGUCUAAAGUCUCACAGUGGCGGCUCGCAAAUACAAAAUAUGUGUUCGGUGUGUCAUGUGAGUUGCUUGUGUUUUCAAAAUAUGUGUUUGUUGCGUCAUGUGAACCAUGCGCAUCACAUGUUUGGUCAAAAUAAGUGCCUGCUGCACAUGCGUCAAAACCGUUUAUGAUAAAAGAGACACUCACGUUCACAAAAUACACGCAAGACACUCCCUUAAAGGUUUAAUGUGUACAUUUUUGUGGCAACUAGUGGUGAGGUUGCGCAUUGCAACCAACGGCUCAGUCCGCUGCUCACCCCUCGCUUUUGCAACGCAUAGAGGAGCUACGUUAACCGCCACCGGACAAAAAUGUCAUCGUCCGAGACAAAAAAGUUUAUCCGUUAAGGGCUUCUGUAAACAUGGCGGCACAAAAUGGCGACUUCCAUGGAAGGGGACCCUCGGUGUAUGUAGAUUAAAAACAUCUCAUUCUAAGGUAAUAAAAACAUAACGGUGCAUUAUGAAAAGUCUUUAUUAUAUCACAUGAUCAUAUAAUAUUUAGCAUUUAUGUCAAGAGAUUCUUCUAAAAAUUACACACUGCACCUUUAACAGUAAACUCUGAUUAUGCAUGAUAUUAUGCGAGUAUCUGCCAAACGCGAGCGUCUCUUUUAUCAUAAACCCUUGAGACGUGUCUGCAGCAGGCACUUAUUUUGACAAGACACGUGAUGCACACAGGUUCACUCGACGCGCCGAACACAUAUUUUGAAAUUAGAAAUCCCACACACGACAGGCUACAUACAUGUUGUGACGAACUUCGCAUCGUGCGCCCUCAAAAAAAAGAAGGCACAGCCGCCACUGAAGUCUCAUAAUCUAAUUUUGAGAUUUGGAGCACCAAAGAUUGAUUUCAAUAAAUAUUAAAAAUAUUACAAGCCAAGUUCAUUAAGUAAUAAGUAUUUCACUCCGGUUUUAACUUGAACCCCACAGUUUUAAAGAUCACAAUCCAUGUGAUAUAGUACAGCUUACCUAUGUGCUAGUAAUGUAGACUGUACUGAGGUGCACUUAACCAUUUUUCACGCUGUGUAUGUUUGUGCCUUGUGUUGUGAAGUGAUGAGCAGGUCUUUUUAGGAGAAUUAACUGGAUUAAACUGGACCAAACUGAAAGCAGGGAGCUCAGAGAACCUCUCUUAUAAAGACUGUAUAUCAUAUCAGUAUCCUCCUGUACGUCACCCCUAAGCCUUCUGAAGUGCUUGACACAUUUGUGCCUUUAUUCAGAUCGCUGUCUGACAAGUGACCUCCUUAAAACACUGUUUUACCGCGGUGCCUCUCCUCUCCUUCUCUCAUUUCUUUCACAAAGUCAGUUUUUUGUGUUAUUUUGUCGUUUCUUGUUGUUUCGGGGGCUCUGAGUGUUAGUUUUGCUGCUUUAUGUCGUAUUUUGUUUUUAUGUAUUAAUAACACAUUUUAUUAAGUAUAGCCUAAGAUGGGGAAAGCCAAACAAAAGAAUGACAAUCCGGAGUUCACAGUCUACACCAUCAAAGCAAAGUCGCACACAUUUUCACACACUGUCACAAUCACUGAGGUCUUUUCUCAGUCACUCCACAUUGUGUGUGUCUUGUGUGUUGUGGCACGCCCAUGUAUUGGUCAGAAAAGUGAACCAUCCCCAGUAGUUUUGUUUCUCUUUCUUUCUCUCGACUAGAAUCUUUUAUUAUGAGUGAAACGGUCAGGAUAUAUUUAAUAAUAUAUAUUUACACAGUACAUUGUUUUUGUUUAUGAAGUACGAGGAAAUGCUAUAUAAUAUAUUUUAAGAUCUCUUUAUUUUGAACAUCUCUAUAUGUGCUGGUUUAAAGAGUUUAACAGCAAAAAAACGUGUUUAUUUCUUUUGCCAAAGUGUUCAGUGAGGUGUGAACUAUUUUAAGAGUGUAUCGCGUGCGUGUUUAAGAAUAGAAGUGAAUUUUUGUGAACCCAAACUGAUAAUGCGUUUAUUGGCAAAAUGUGCUUUCUUUUGUGAUCAUUUCAUAAACACUACAUGUGUAGCGUUUUCCCCCCUUGUUAAGACUUGUUACUAAACAACAACUGAACAAGACAUGGUGACCUCGGUAGAGGACAUUUAGAUAACGUAGAAUAUUAUUGCCAAAAUAUUCUUAUCUUUCUUUUUUUAGAUCUACUUAGAACUGUUUUCUAUCCUGUUUGUUUAAGGCAUUUUUGGCAUUGUUGUAUUUAUAGUGGUAGUUUAAUAAAGCAUUUUCAAAAACAUGA